AUGAUGGUGAACCACAACAAUGGCGAUGUUGAUUCUCGUCUCCGACAGAAAGAGCAAGAUAAGCUCUUGUUUCAUGACUUUCUAGGCUCCAAAACCUCCUCUACUUCCAUGGCCGACCAGAGGCUACCACCACCGGAUAAGGCAGCUAAACCGGCGAUUUCUCCCUCGACAGCUUCCGGUUCCUCCGCCGGUGGGCGUGGUGGUCUCUCUUCAACCUCCGAUCUUGUUCAAAGAGACAGCGGCGGGGGGAAUCAUUUUGAUGGGAUACAAUUGUUUGGACCGAGAAGUGAGGUUUCUGGCUCAAUCAUGAGCAAUCGGUUUUCAGGAAGCAAGAGAAGUAACUCGGAUUCACACUUUACUACUCAAGAGCACCCAGAGACUCUGCAUUGGUCCAAGUUGCUUAGAAACGGACCUGGAAGCCUCUCUAUGAAUGUGAAUCCUUUGGCAAACCAGCCUCCACGUGGAGGAGGACAAAUCAGUCAUUUGCUUCAUCAGCUUUCUUCAAGCAGGUUCAAGGAUGAAAACGUUGGCCCAUCAGUUAUCACUCAGACAGCUGCAGAUGAAGGUUCACGAACAGGGAUGAAAGGUCCCAGUAUCUUGAGCACCUUUACAAUGCCAAACCCAAGCAAGCUCGAAUGUUUUGCCCCUUCAAGUACCGGAAAUCGGAAAGACUUGACGUCGAGUACUAAGCAAAUGACUAUCUUCUAUGGCGGUCAAGCUCACGUCUUUGAUGAUGUUCACCCAAACAAAGCAGAUGUUAUAAUGGCCUUGGCAGGGUCAAGCGGGGGAUCAUGGUCUACGGUUUUGUCUCAUAAGCCAAAAACAAACAAUACAAGCGACAGUCCAUACAAACUAGGCCAAAUGUAUGAAGGAGGCAGCUCUAGAGAAACACCGUUCUCGGCCUCGGAGUUUCGUGCAAGGCAGGGCCAUCAAGCCAACUCUAGUGCCUGUCACCGGAACUUUACACAACCAGGUAGAGAACAUCAAGGAAGCAUCAUCUCAAGGGGACGGGAUACCAGAGACUCGGUUCACGUAACAGAUCCUGAAAAAGAAGCAACAUGA